GAAGAUGGAUUUAUGGGGCGAUCAUCAGUGUAAGGAGAGGAGACAUCAUGUCUAUUUUGACGUUCACAUAGAUACAACUCCCAUCAUCACAUGUAAUAAUCUCUCCUGUCCCUGUGUGUUUCCUACAGAUGGACUCAUAGAAGGAAAUCCCCCCGAGAGAUGUCCCCGUCCUCUGAAUUCCCAGGACUGUCCAGAGGAGAAGCUCCCAGAGAACCAUCAGGUAGAUGGAGCUGAGCCCUAUACACAUCUAUAUAGGGGGGUCCUGCAGUCAUAUAGGGGUCAUAGAUGGUGGAGGUCUCUUAUGUGGAUCUGUUAGAUUUCCCACCUGUCUGCUGUAUUGUCCUGAAUUGUUACAGAUGACAAAUCAGGGAGAAGAUGUGACUGAUAUUAAAGUGGAGGAUGAAGAAGAGCGGAUGAUGGGCGAUCCCCCGUGUAAGAGUGAGGUGGAGGAGGACAUUCCAGUCCAUGUGACCACAGAAAAUCCCAGAAAGAAGUCUGAUGGAAACGUGAUGUUAUCACAAGAUUAUAAAGUAGAAGAUGAAAAUAUCGAACAGCGCUCUUCAGAAGACUUCAUUACCUGUAAUGUACAUUCAGGACUUCACAGUACAGAUCUAUCAUAUAACCCCCCUAAUUAUGAGGAACCUGCUCCUGCCCAAUCACAGAUUGUUACAAGUACCGGGCAGAAAGGGGGAGGGAAAUCUUUUACAAGUAAAUCAAAUCUUGUUACACACGAGAGAAUUCACACAGGAGAGAAGCCCUAUUCAUGUUCAGAAUGUGGGAAAUGUUAUGUCUUUAAAGCUAAUCUUAAGGAUCACCAGAGAAUUCACACAGGAGAGAAGCCAUAUUCAUGUUCACUGUGUGAUAAAUGUUUUUCAAAUAAAUCAAGUCUUUUUUCCCAUGAACGAAUUCACAAAGGAGAGAAACCGUAUUCAUGUUCAGUAUGUGGAAAAUGCUUUACAAGGAAAUCACAUCUUAGUACACAUGAGAGAAUUCACACAGGAGAGAAGCCGUAUUCAUGUUCACAAUGUGGGAAGUGCUUUGCACGUAAAUCAAGCAUUGUUAAACAUGAGAGAAUUCACACAGGAGAGAAGUCCUAUUCAUGUUCAGAAUGUGGGAAAUGUUUUACAAACAAAUCAAAUCUAAUUAAACAUGAGAUAUUUCACACAGGAGAGAAGCCAUAUUCAUGUUCAGAAUGUGGAAAAUGUUUUUUAAAUAAAUCAAAUCUUAAUACACAUAAGAGAAUUCACACAGGAGAUAAACCAUUUUCAUGUUCAGAAUGUGGGAAAUGUUUUACAAAGAAAUCAUAUCUUGUUACACAUGAGAGAAGAAGUCACACAGGAGAGAAGCCCUAUUCAUGUUCAGAAUGUGGGAAAUGUUUUGUCUUUAAAGCUAAUCUUAAGGAUCACCAGAGAAUUCACACAGGAGAGAGACUAUAUUCAUGCUCAUUAUGUGGAAAAUGCUUUACAGAUAAAUCUAGUCUUAUUACACAUGACAGAAUUCACACAGGAGAGAAGCCAUAUUCAUGUUCAGAAUGUGGAAAAUGUUUUUCAAAUAAAUCAAAUCUUAAUACACAUGAGAAAAUUCACACAGGAGAGAAGCCCUAUUCAUGUUCAGAAUGUGGGAAAUGUUUUUCAAUCAAAUCAAGUCUAAAUAAACAUGAGAGAAUUCACAUAGGGGCGAAACCCUAUUCAUGUUCAGAAUGUGGAAAAUGUUUUGUCACCAAAACCUAUCUUAAGGAUCACCAGAGAAUUCACACAGGGGAGAAGCCCUUUUCAUGUUCAGAAUGUGGCAAAUGUUUUGUCACCAAAUCCAAUCUUAAGGCUCACCAGAGAAUUCACACAGGGGAGAAGCCCUUUUCAUGUUCAGAAUGUGGCAAAUGUUUUACCAAAAAAUCAAUCCUUGUUGCUCAUAAAAGAAGCCACUCAGGAGAGAAGACGUGAUGUUCUACAUGAGAAGUAAGAAAAAUGUCUUACUGUGGAGGGAAGUGCCAGAUAUGUGUAUAUGUAUGUGUAUAUAUAGUUGAAAAAUGGGGCAGCACUACUUAAGCAAUGCAAUCCGGGUGCCUGUGUUGAACCCUUGAUCACGGGUGUAUUUAUACACUGAAGAAAUCCAGGGCACUCCUGUAGAUGUGCCUUUAUUCACACAUGUCACAGCAGCCACGUUUCGGACCUCUCACAGAACCUUCCUUAACCCGAGUGAAUUAUAAAGUGCGGAGUGCAAAAAUGUGUACACAACAUGAAUAAUUAAUUACAAAUCAAUAAACCUUAAAAGUGUAUGUCUUGUUGAUAAAUCCCUCAUUUAGAGUGUUAUCCUCCUGGAAUAUAGUGCAUAUAACCAUGAUUAAACA